AUGUUCGCUAUCGCAGUACUAAUUCUGUUCGCCGGAAGGUCCUGCACUUGGGCCUCAAAAUACAACUUUGUUCUGGAGGAUUCGGACAUCUUUACGGAGUGUGAGGUUAAGCCUCCCGGUUCGAUCGGUAUCCGCGGUGUCUUCGACAUGGAUAACUUGGUGUUCGAGCCGGAAGAAGAUGGCGUUCAUGUUUCAGGAAAUUUCACCGCUACAUUGAAUUAUUCACGCACUGACCGCAUUACCGCAAGGUUCCAAGUAAUGCAAUACAACCGGGGCAGCUGGGAUCCGACCCUUUAUAGUAUGAUGACACCUGACCUUUGCAGUGUAUUAUUCAGUGAGUCGCAAUACUACUAUCAAUAUUGGUUUAAAAACGUGGUGAACCGCGAGGAGAUACAGGAAAAGUGCAUCAUAACGAGGAAUGUAGGUAUGCAUAGUCCUUGGGCAAGAUUGUCUUUCUUGAGUUUGGUUUUAUUUCAGACCACAGUGAUUUUAAAACCUUUCGUGAUGAACUUGCGUCUGGAAAACGUACGUGUUCCCGUACCCCUUCGUGGGCGCUUUAAAGUGGUGUACACCUUCACUAUUUACGAUGAAAAUGAUGUACAGCGACCGACAAACGUGUGCUUCGAAAUAAGGGGCGAGUUGAUAAAAAUUAAUUCAGAAGAGUCAAGUUAAUCUGAAAUUCAAGAAGAAAUAAAUAUGUUAUUUAAAGUUACCAAGUUGAAAGCUUGGAACCAGUAUCACCCUGUA